CCCUUCAGCACUGAUCCUCCGAUAGUGUGGUUCGCCCUCAUUACUGAACCUCUGACCACACGGCAGUUCUUCCUAAUACUGGAGGAUCUCAACCUGAGCUUUGAGGUCAAGUCUCAACCUGGCUGUAAUCUGAUGCAGGAGGAGCAAAAGAGAGAAAGAGCAAAAUCAAAAGAGAACAGGAGACAAAGCAAGUUGGACACAGUGAGGAACUGAAGAUGGGAAGAAUGGCUGUGGUAUUGAUAACUCUCAGAUUGCUGUCAGAUGUGGCGACAGAAGAAUGGACAAUGACAACUUCAGAUCGAAAGGCCAUCAGUGGGUCAUGUGUGGUUAUACCUUGUAUAUUUGACUUUCCGUCCCACACUUACAAGGCCGUGCACGGAGCUUGGUUUAAGUACUGGUACUCAUGGAAAUACACUAUCGCCUACAGCAAAGAUCCCAAUUAUAGGAUGUCCACCUUUGUUGGACGCACAGAUAUAAUUGGGGACUUGGAGCAAAAGGAUUGCUCCUUGAAGAUUGAUAACCUCAGACCUGAAGACAGUGACAACUAUUACUUUUAUGUGGAUGUGGAGGGGUUUGAUGAUCACACCUUCACAAAACCAAUCCAGCUACAGGUUCUAGAUGUUCCUGACCGUCCCAAGAUGUUACUCCCAGGGGAUAUACAGGAAGGGACACUGGCACACAUCAUCUGCAAAGCCCUCCACACGUGCCCUGAUAACCCUCCCAAACUGACCUGGAGUCAACUGCUGUCUUCCUCAGUGAGUGACACCAUAGAGAGCGUGGACGAGAUUUCCACAGUGCUGACUUUUAACCCUUCAUACAGGCAUCACAAUCAAAUUGUCCACUGUACAUGUGUCUACCCUCAAACGAACCAUCGAGUGUUCAACUCGGUCACCUUGAGUGUGAAAUAUUCUCCUCGCAAUACGUCUGUCAGAAUGACAACAGGAAAAGGAAAGACCAUUUCUUUAAGUUGUUCUAGUGAUGGGAAUCCAGCUGUCCACAGAUUCAACUGGUUCAAGAUUUCCGAAGGGAAUGUUUCCAAUCUGACAUUAUCUGGUCAAACUAUCACUGUUCCUUAUGGAUUGGAGGUGGAAAUCUCGUACUACUGUGUUGCAACAAACAGCCUGGGCAGCUCACAGUCUCUCCCUGUUCAAAUUCCCACAGAAUAUGGUGCUGUCAUAUUGCCAGAGUCAAAGUGUACCCAGUAUCAAACCUACAUCAUCUGCCUCUGUCUGGUCCAGACCAACUCCACUGUUAAUGUCACAUGGGCUCUUCCGGAUGGAAGCAUUGGUGAGACGGGAUCAGAUGGAAUCUAUGAAGCACAGUCAGUCACAAACAGCUCCUUGAUGACCAACACUCUCACCAUCAGAGGUGGCAAACUGUUUGAUGGGAUAAACUGCACCAUAGCAGAUGAUGAAGGGGGAAGACCCUUACAGAGGCUUUUGGAAAUCCAGUCUGAUGGCAGGUCAGUGGGAAUGAGAUGGGAACUGAUACAGAAAUACGGACUGGUGGCUGCCGGAGGCGCUGUUCUGCUCAUCACCUCACCACUUCUGAUUUACUUCAUUGUCAAGGCCAGAAAGAGAAGAGACAAGCCACAAGGAAAUGAAAUCAAACAAACACAGAAGGCAAACUCAACGACAAAGUCUGAGCUGACGUCAGUGAGGCCAAAGCAAACGGAGAAAUGUGUCGAAGCAUUUGUCACGCGAGCCAAAGUGAACCAGAGGAAAGAUGACGAAGGGCUAGAAAUGAAAUCUAACUUUCACCCGAAUUCAAACUUAGAAGGUAACCUGUAUGAAAACUACCAGUGGGACCAGGAUCUUGUGUACACAAACAUAUAAACAGAACUGGGGAAAGGGACAUGUGCUCGUCGAGAAGGCAGAAUCAGAAAUUCCUGUAAUUAUUACAGCAUCAAUUAAAGCUAU